AUGAAGUGGGGGAUCGCACUUGCAAGUGCCAUCUUGGCGGCCACAACCACCUCCGCUCUUGAGGUUUCCGAUUGCUCUUGCGGUUUUGUUGAUCUCGAGCAUGAUCAAGUUUGGACGGAUGCCUUGAUCGUGUAUUUCAACGAGACCAACCAACUACCUAAUGAGUUCAAGGCUCUUGAUUUCCACCACAAAAGAGAGUUUGGAUACAACUCUCUAUAUCGACAGGGCGCCACUCCCGAUAAUGUCAUUAUCGGAAACGCAACGGACGAGAAUGUGAACGAACAGGUUCUUCAACUCUGGAUUGACCAGGGUACUGGUCAGCAUUAUGUCCAGGGCGCUGGUAUCGAGGCUUUGAGACAAGAUAUGCAUUUUGGUACCUUCCGUGCUUCAAUGCGUGGACCUCCUAAGAACACUGGCGGAUCCGCGAUGUCGAUGGAGCUUUACCACAACCGCACAUCUUUCAUCGAGGCCGACAUGUGUAACAUGCAAUAUCCCCACGACGCUAAAUUCCUGGCCCUCAAGGAUGGCGAGUUCCCAGACACUCAGUAUCAGCUCAAUUACACCUACUUUGCAGACGACAAGAACGCUACCGCCGGUGGCGAUCCUUGGGAAUUCGUCGAGAACAAGAUUGAUUGGACCGCGAAAUAUGUCAACUGGACUUUUGGAGGAAACAUGACCAGAUCGGCUAAGCGUAGUCGUAUCGAUCUUAGCGAGCCUCUGCCUCUAGUUUUCAAGCAUUGGUCGAUCGGCGACAAGUAUUGGAUGGCCGGUCCCCCCAACCAGCGCAACCAGGCUGACGUCGCGUGGGUUCGUGCCUUCUUCAACUCUUCUCUGACUACCAAGGCCGAGCAAGGCGCCUUCGACGACCGUUGCAGAGGUGUUCAAAUGUGCUCUGUCAACGAUAUCACCCUGCGUGGCUCGAGUCCAUACUCGCAAGAAGCUCUAAUUCCUUAUAAAGCACCUGGUCUGAGCAAGAGCUGGCGUGUUCCCGCCGGAGCCACUUCUGGUGCAGUCUUCGCCUUCGGUUGCUUGACCCUGAUCAACGUUCUUUUCAGAAGAGCACCCUGGAAGUUGUUGUUGGCUAAGAACAGAGGCAAGAAGGUUCAUGUCGAGCCUGAGCUCAGCUCGCCCUCUCCCUUCGUCCAGCAGCUUCUUGGUGUUUCCAAGGAUGAGAAGACUUUGAUUCCUGCACCACCCGAGAAGAAAUCAUCGGUUGUUGGCUUUGUGGAUGUCGCCAGUCCAGUUGGGGACAAAGAAGACGCUUCCAAGAGAGACAGCAUGCGCAGAAGAAGUGUCAAGUUCUUCAACCCCUUUGAUGCUGAAGCUGGCGACGACUUUGUCAAGAGGCACAGCAAUGCUUUCGCUACCGCCACUGAACUGCCCAGAAACAUGUCGACCUCGCAACCCACUGAUUGGCGCCGAAAGAGUAUGGCCUACCACGGUCAACUCCCUGAGAUGCUUCCUGAGCGAAGUGACAUGGCCAAGAAGCUUAGAAAAGCCAGUGUCGCAUUUGCUGAAGAUUCCUACACCCGCCCCCGUCAAGCCAGCACUUUCCAGAGCAUCAAGGGACGUAGCGGAAGUACUGUCAAGGCUAUCGGUCACGUUCUCCAGCAUGGCAUGCAUGAUGCCGAACGCGUUGAACCCAUCGAGUUGCAAGAGAACCUGAUGCGCAACGAUUCUGAUGACUCUGGUAACGGAAAGGCUAGUGCUUCAAGAAGAGAAAGCCACGCAAACUUCGCCGGAGUCGUCAUGCGUGAUCCCGAUACCUUGCAAGAUGUCGAUCUAUCUCACCAGUCUCCCGAUGCCCGUCGUUCGACCAUUCUGAGAGGAAGACAGCCCAGCGUGCUCGAGCGUUACCGUGAAAACCACUUUGCCAGCAUUGGAGGCGUUUCCAUGGCCUCUGGGGUUUCUCGUAAGUCUGUGUCUAUCAAGGACUGGAACACUCAGGAACUGCACGAAGUCAGCACUAUCGAUCCUCCUCAUGAAUCGCAGAUGAAGUUUGCUCGUCGCAUCACUCUCGCCGAGGCUGUUCCCGUUUCGGCUGUCGAUAUGCCCCUGCCUAAGGCCAAGGAGCACGAAGCUCGUGUCAACUAUCUCGCCGGUCUUGUCGCUUUCUCCUCUCUUGGUGUCACUGUUAUCCAUUUCAUGCUGUCGUUCAAUCCCUACGCCGGUGGUCUGAACUACGGACAGCACUACCGCAGUGAAUACUGGGCUCGUUGGACUGUUACUCCUGCUAUUCUCAACCCCAUCUGGGUAACCAGAUACCUCCGUGACGGCGAGCUGGGCAUGAUUGCCGAGAAGAUGCUUCUCCGUGCACCCCGCCUGCUCCUGCCUCCUUUCAUUGUUGCUGCUAUGGAGUAUCUGUUCUUUGAGCUCGACUUCAUGCAGUGGCUGCAGUACCUUCCUUCGAUCUCCUGGUCUGAGUGGGCUUACAUGUCCAACUACAACAACUUUGGUUACUAUCUCAACGCGAUGUUGGAGCUGGGAUACCUGAUUCCCAAUGCCGCACCCCAGGUCGUCAGUCACUACUGUGUUGGUGUGCUGUGGUCCAUUCCUGUUCAGCUGCAGUUCAGUUUCGUGACGCUUCUCGGCGUUGUCAUGAUCCGCGAUAUCAAGACCCAUUGGAAGCGUUUUGCAUUCUACAGUUGGUGUAUCGUUGCCAAUUGGUACUCGUUGAGUUGGGGAUCUUGCUUCUGGGCUGGUCUGGCAUUGGCAGAUUUGCAGGUCACCUACAAGUUCAGUGCCAGGGUCCAGGCACGUCCUCUGCUCUGUUGGGUGUUCUGUAUUUGCUGCUGGAUUGUGGCAAUUGCCAGUGCUGCCAUGACUCUUUUGGAAGAUCGCUUGGAUAUUCCCACUAUGUCUGGCGAGAGGAACAUUCACCCUGAUAUGUACACCGGCAGGAAGCUUGGUGACACUAUCAGAGGCGGCUACCCACUUUACUUUGAGCCUCGCUACAACACACUGACUUUCGCAGUGUCUAUGCAGUUUUUGGUCGAGACAAGCAAAUGGUUCCAGGCAUUCCUUUCGAUGAGAGUCUGGCAGCCCAUCUUCCCUCACGCUUUCACUAUCUACCUUGUCCACGGAUUCAUCUGGUGGACUCUUGGUUCGUACAUGGUGGUCAUGCUCGGAUCCGAUGGUCUCCCGUACUGGUCAGUGUUGCUGAUCACGGCAAUCGUCUGUUACUUCACCCUGGCCUUGACAGUCCUUGCGGUCUCUUUCUUGACCGAGACCAUCACAGCAGCUUGCUGCCGCAACAUUGCUCGCUGGGCAAUGGAGCCCAAAGUGCCCAAGCAACCCACUCUUGAGCCCUUCCCUCGCAACCUCUUCCUCGACCGCAGCAACAACGAGACUGCGACGUUCAAGGAUGAGGAGACAGCCGUUGGAGAGUCAGGACACGCAGUCGGAGCCGGCAACAUGGUCAGACGUCCUACCCUCGUUGCGGGCGCCAACCUCGACCCAACAGCCAGACGCCCAACAAUCGUCGACGGUGCCAUUCUCAACGAUGCUGAGAAGGCCGCCCUGGGAAAGACAACCAUGUCAUCACCCAAGCCAGCACAAGGAUUCGAGCCAAACACAAACCAAAACCGUCGUAGCACCCACGUGGGCGACUUCAUCAUCGAAGAGGAGGAUGAAGAGAUGGACCCCGAUGAUCCUCACUACGUUGCAAAGUCGUCAGAGGCAUCAAGCUCGGACAGAAAUUCGAGUUCGGCGUCGAGUUCGAGGCAGGCUCCUUGA